UGUGCGUGUGUGUCGGAGAGAGCAAAGGGGAGAAGAAAAAAAGGAACUGAGGAAGGAAGAGACAUCGGCUACUCGGUUUUGCUUGCCUAGUAUUCACCACGGAACCGAGGGCGAGGAGGCGAGUGUGCCGUUUGUGAAUGAGACUUUCUAGAUUCUAGGUCGCGUGAAUAUUUGGGAAUUACAGAGAGAGUGCGACUACUGGGACGUUGGGAUACAACCCGAAUCUGGAUGCAUAACGGAUUUCUGGGGAUUUUAAUCACUUGGAUUACAAGUCUCAUUCAUGUUGUGCACUCCGUACCGGGAGAUGUGAGGGGGUUCAUUCCAAAGUCCGAAACUACACACUGUGUGCGCGAGGUUUUCUAGGUCUGGUUUUAACUUGAGUUAAGCCUACUUCUAGCUAUUGUCCUAUGCUAAUAUCAUGUGCAUGAUUUUUUUUUUCAUUCUUUCCGAUGCACAGCAAUAAACUACUCGGAUCAAUUACAGACUCUCUGCACAAAAAGACCCGUUUUGCAUAGUAUCGACUACGUAUCCAGUAUGCAUGCAUUUUGAUUUCAGUGUUUCAGUAUUAUUGUUAAAUUGGCAAUUGGUUUGUGGUCGUAGAUGCAACAAAAUAACCUUAAUGUUACUGUUGGGUCACGGAGGCCCACCCGUUGGCUGUGCAUGCCCUGCACGGCGUUCCGCUGACGUUCAUGUCCACAGACCGCGUACCCAGUAAACUUUGAGCUUUCCCUUCAGCGGCCCGAAACAAAAGUAGCCUAGAGAGAAAAACACAUAUAGAAUUUCAAAUUGUCGUAUGUUCAGGACGAAACGCUCAGGUCUUGUGCGGCGACUCUGGAGAAGCCGUUUGAUUCCAGACAGUGAGGUGGGAGAUGAUUCAAAUAAUGACCCAAAUAGCGAGGGCUGUCCCGGGGACGAUUCGUUGUUCACCGCCUGCCACAACCCGGAGAAGAUUCCCAAAACGGAUCUCCGACCGAUGACGCCUACCGGAUCACCUGUAGUGGACUCGUGUGCCUUUAACUCGCCGGAGAGGGACGGCUGGGUAGGGGUCAGUUCGGACCAAGAUGGGAGUUUGGUGUCUGCGUGUGUCCAGGGGUCGGAGCAGGACAGUCUCCGGUCCAGGCAGGACAGAGAGUGCAGGACUGUGGGGUGUUGUUUAUUUAAAGACGGGGACCACUGUGAAGUUGAACCCAUGGCCCUGGGAAGAGAACCGUUACCAAGUUCCUUUUACUGUGUUCCUAGGAACCAAGGAGCUGGUGCCCGGGACACCAGUUCUCCUGAAGCACCGGAGCCGUCCCCGGCGAAGGCUCGCUCGGUACUGGAGCAAGAACUAAAAACCGCCACAUAUUCCCUGUUAAAACGCCUCAAGGAGAAAACGCUGGAUACUUUACUGGAGGCGGUGGAAUCCAGAGAAGGAAUGCCUAGUGAUUGUGUGAUGAUCUCCCGGACGGAGCUGCGUCUGGGCGGCCACGCGGCCCUGUCCCCUCCUCUGCUCCUGUGUAAACUUUACCGCUGGUCGGACCUCCAGCACACCUCCCAGCUCAAGCCGCUCUGUGAGUGCAGGAGCUUUGGGACGCUGGACGGCCCAGCGGUAUGCUGCAACCCCUAUCACUACAGCCGUCUCUGCAGCCCAGAGUCGCCCCCACCUCCAUACUCACGACUGUCCCCAACAGAGGAACACAAGACGCUGGUUCUGUCAGACUCCAUACUGUCUCACACUGAAAAAGAGGUGACCAGCUUCAACUCACCAAUCACAGCACAGCAGCUGGUGGCGUUCUCAGAUUCCAGCUUGUCAUCGGGGGUCUCCCGGCAGAUCCAGUGGUGCAACGUGGCGUACUGGGAGCACCGCCAGCGGGUGGGGCGUCUCUACCCUGUGUGCCAGACCUCCGUCUCCGUCUUCUACGACCUACCUCAGGGGACUGGCUUCUGUCUGGGCCAGCUCACCCUCGACCCCCGCCACCCCCGCUCCAGCCAACACCCCCGCUCCAGCACCGUCCAGCGCACCCGCGCCAAGAUCGGCUAUGGCAUUGUCCUCAGUAAAGAGCCGGAUGGGGUCUGGGCGUAUAACCGCUCUCAGCAUCCCAUCUUCGUUAAUUCUCCCACCCUGGAUGUUCCUGGCAGUAGGAGUCUGGUGGUGAAGAAGGUGAUGUCUGGAUACUCCAUCAAGGUGUUUGACUGGGGGAGAUCCGGCAUGGCCAGGAGCGCGCCACACUCAGAGCACCCAGAGCUGCUGGAGGGGCCCUAUGACCCGAACAGUGUGAGGAUCAGCUUUGCUAAGGGCUGGGGGCCCUGCUACUCCAGACAGUUCAUCACAUCCUGUCCCUGUUGGCUGGAGAUACUGCUUAACAACCACAGAUAACACACAGAGACACACAUAUACACACACACACGUACACACAUCAUGUCUCUGAUGACACACACACACAGACACACAUACACACACUCACACACACACACAGACACACACACAGAAACACACAGAGACACAAACACACACUAGCCCAGAAAACUAUCCCAAAUAUUGAUCUACCUAGAUGAUUUAAUAUAAAUUUUUAUAUAUUGUAUGAAAUAUAUAUUAUACUUGUAAAUACGAGUCAUUUUUACAAUGUCAUUAUUUAUGUACGGUGCAAUGUGUUUAUGGACAAUAGGAAAAAAAUGGAAAAUGCACUUUGGCUUAUACAGUGGGGAGAACAAGUAUUUGAUACACUGCCGAUUUUGCAGGUUUUACCACUUACAAA